GAAGGACCAGGACGGAAAAGCAGGGGUUUGGUGGCUGGAGGUGGCGGCCAGGGAGGGGGCGCUUUCUUUCCUACCUUCCUUCCUUCCUUCCUUCCUUCUUUUUUUUUCUUACACUAGAAUUUGGGCUCCGAAAUAGCGGCUGGCUGGCUUUUGCGGGGAAGGUGUUUUCUUUGCAAAGUUUGGUAAAAAGUGCGCGGGGGUGUUGUUUGCCUUGCCUUUCCUCCACCCCAAUUUCGGGGGGCUUCUUUCUCCUCCGCCCUCAGCAUGACGACGUCUCCCGAUUACCUGGUCAUACUCUUUGGGGUCACCGCUGGGGCGACCGGAGCUCGCCUGGGCUCAGAUGAGAGAGAAUUAAUCCAGCUCCUGUGGCGAGUAGUAGAUCUGGCCAACAAAAAGGUGGGCAAUCUUCAUCACGUCCUGAUUGGGCCUGAUCGCCUAUCGCUGACGGACGAAUGCCGAGAGGAGACCGGCCUAGAUGAGGACAUCCUGGCUCUCGCCCCACAGCUGGAACAAGCCCUGGGGCAGUUCAACCAGUCUGUGAGCAACGAACUCAAUAUUGGCGUUGGUACGUCCUUCUGUCUCUGUGCCGAUGGGCAACUUCAUAUCAGGCAGGUUUUGCACCCUGAAGCAUCAAAAAAGAAUAUUUUGUUACCUGAAUGCUUCUACUCAUUUUUUGAUCUCCGAAAAGAAUUCAAGAAAUGUUGUCCUGGGUCACCUGAAAUUGACAAAUUAGAUGCUGGUUCCAUGAUACAAUAUUUGAAUCCUGACAAGCGGAGCUCAGCACAAUCUUUUGGAAUGCAGCAAUUGGAAGAUAUGGGCAAUGUGAUUUUAGCACUAAUUUCAGAAGCCUACAACCACAGGUUUUCAGAGCCAGAAAGGGUGAACUAUAAAUUUGAAAGUGGAACCUGCAGCAAGAUGGAACUUGUAGAUGAUAACACUGUGAUCCGAGCCAGAGGCUUACCUUGGCAAUCAUCAGACCAGGACAUUGCCAGGUUCUUCAAAGGACUAAAUAUUGCCAAAGGAGGCGCUGCACUUUGUCUCAAUGCCCAGGGCAGAAGAAACGGAGAAGCUCUUGUCAGGUUUGUAAGUGAAGAACACAGAGAAUUAGCAUUGCAAAGACACAAGCAUCACAUGGGGAACCGGUAUAUAGAGGUAUACAAAGCAACAGGUGAGGACUUCCUCAAAAUUGCUGGAGGUACAUCCAAUGAAGUAGCCCAGUUCCUAUCUAAAGAAAACCAAGUGAUUGUUCGGAUGCGGGGUCUCCCAUUCAAUGUAACAUCAGAAGAAGUGUUAGCGUUUUUUGGUCAACACUGUCCUGUGACAGGUGGAAAAGAAGGAAUCCUUUUUGUGACUUACCCUGACAAUAGGCCAACGGGAGAUGCAUUUGUGUUGUUUGCUUGUGAGGAAUAUGCACAAAACGCACUCAAAAAGCAUAAGGACUUGUUGGGGAAAAGGUAUAUAGAACUUUUCAGGAGUACAGCUGCUGAGGUACAGCAGGUCCUGAACAGGUAUUCCUCUGCUCCUCUCAUUCCUCUCCCAACUCCUCCUAUUCUUCCUGUGCUACCUCAGCAGUUUGUGCCUCCCACCACUGUCAGGGACUGUGUUCGUCUGCGUGGUCUUCCAUAUGCUGCCACUAUAGAGGACAUUUUGGGAUUCCUGGGAGAGUUUUCUGGAGAUAUCAGAACUCAUGGGGUUCACAUGGUGUUAAAUCACCAGGGCCGACCCUCAGGAGAUGCCUUUAUCCAAAUGAAGUCUUCAGAUCGAGCCUUCUUGGCAGCUCAGAAGUGCCAUAAAAAAACCAUGAAGGACAGAUAUGUGGAAGUCUUUCAAUGUUCUGCUGAGGAGAUGAACUUUGUAUUAAUGGGGGGCACUUUAAAUCGAAAUGGCUUAUCCCCACCACCAUGUAAGUUACCAUGUAUUUCUCCACCUUCGUAUUCUUUUCCAACACCCACUGCAAUAAUUCCAACAGAAGCAGCCCUCUACCAGCCAUCCCUAUUCCUCAAUCCACGAACCCUCCAGCCAUCCACAGCAUACUAUCCAGCCGGCACUCAGCUCUUUAUGAACUACACCACCUAUUACCCUAGCAUGCAGCAGAGAAUGGAUCUCUACAGCCAGAUGGGUCGGCCAGGUCACUGCCCAAAGAAUGGAUACCUCUUUAAAGGUCCAAACAGUUAAAUUUUCUGGAAAAAGUAAGUCUGCAUACUUUUUUUUUUCCUGCCAA